AUGGCCAAGGGUGAUGUUAACCAGGCCGACAAGACCGUCUUCGGCAUGCCCGGAUUCGUCGUCGACUUCCUGAUGGGUGGUGUCUCCGCUGCCGUCUCCAAGACUGCUGCCGCCCCCAUCGAGCGUAUCAAGCUCCUCAUCCAGAACCAGGAUGAGAUGCUUCGCGCUGGUCGUCUCGACCGCAAGUACAACGGUAUCAUGGACUGCUUCCGUCGUACCGCUGCCUCCGAGGGUGUUGUUUCCCUGUGGCGUGGUAACACUGCCAACGUUAUCCGUUACUUCCCCACCCAGGCUCUUAACUUCGCCUUCCGUGACACCUACAAGUCCAUGUUCUCCUACAAGAAGGAGCGUGAUGGAUACACCAAGUGGAUGAUGGGUAACCUUGCCUCCGGUGGUGCUGCUGGUGCCACUUCCCUCCUCUUCGUCUACUCCCUCGACUACGCCCGUACCCGUCUUGCCAACGACGCCAAGUCCGCCAAGGGCGGUGGUGACCGUCAGUUCAACGGUCUCGUUGACGUCUACAAGAAGACCCUCGCCUCCGACGGUAUUGCCGGUCUCUACCGUGGUUUCGGUCCCUCUGUUGCUGGUAUUGUUGUCUACCGUGGUCUGUACUUCGGCAUGUACGACUCCAUCAAGCCCGUUGUUCUGGUUGGUCCUCUCGAGGGUAACUUCCUUGCUUCUUUCCUGCUCGGCUGGACUGUCACCACUGGUGCUGGUAUCGCUUCUUACCCUCUGGACACCAUCCGUCGUCGUAUGAUGAUGACCUCCGGUGAGGCCGUCAAGUACAAGUCCUCCAUGGAUGCUGCUCGCCAGAUCGUCGCCAAGGAGGGUGUCAAGUCUCUCUUCAAGGGUGCCGGUGCUAACAUCCUCCGUGGUGUUGCCGGUGCUGGUGUCCUGUCUAUCUACGACCAGGUCCAGCUCAUCCUCUUCGGCAAGAAGUACAAGGGUGGCUCUGGCUAA